UUUUCUUAUUUGUUUCUUUAGAUGGACGAUGGUUGAUCUCGGACAGUGUCCUUAAUAUCACAAGCGUAAGCUUUGGUGAUCGAGGGCGAUACACUUGUGUCACCAUUCAUGAAAAUGGCACCUCAUAUUAUUCAGUCACCCUCAGGGUGGUUUCCACAUCGGGGGAUAUGGGCAUCUACUACAUGAUUGUCUGCCUGGUUGCCUUUACUAUCACCCUUAUCUUAAAUAUCACGCGCCUGUGCAUGAUGAGCAGCCACCUCCGCAAGACCGAGAAGGCCAUCAAUGAGUUCUUCAGGACAGAGGGGGCUGAGAAACUGCAGAAGGCCUUUGAAAUUGCCAAACGCAUUCCGAUCAUUACAUCUGCCAAAACCCUAGAGCUGGCCAAAGUUACCCAGUUUAAGACAAUGGAAUUUGCUCGGUACAUCGAAGAGCUUGCCAGAAGUAUACCUCUCCCUCCAUUAAUCCUUAACUGCAGGGCCUUUAUGGAAGAAAUCUUCGAGGCAGUGCGAGUUGAUGAUCCUGAUGAAGUAGGAGAUGUAGUCAAACAGACCCAAGCCCUUCGUGCCCAAGAAGGGCUCUAUCCCUUAAAUUCAGAAAUCAAGCGCAGCAAUUCACCAGCAGGUGAUUCAGAUGAUGGUUCUGUAAAUGAUCAUGGCAAAGAAAUAGCUGUUGAGGUAUCUGUCCAUCUUCAGUCAGAAGCACAAAGCAUUGACAGUGUUUCUCGUGACAGUGUCCCUUCUAUACCUUCUGAAGAUGAUGCAUGUGCUGAAUCCAGGUAAAACAGCAAAGGCAGGUGUGUGAAAUCCACAUCUGAUUGCUUAAAAGCUUUGAGGAAAAGGGGAAAUCAAAAAGUAGCUAUAGUCACAAUUACACAAAACAGUUAUUUUUUAAGUUUCCUUGAGGACAGUAAUGUGCCAAAACAAUUGGCAAACAGGGAUGUUUGUCCUGUAUUGUAUGUGUUCUCCUGAUUUGAAAACUAGGUUAUAUGAGGCUGUUUUUCAAUCUUCCUUCAGAUUUGUAUUACAGGUAUUGCUAGAAGGAUUUUACAUAGCUAUUGUCUUAAAUACCAUCUCCAAAGAAACAAACAAAACAGUUUAAUAUGUUUUUUUCAUUGUCACAAAGAAGCUGAACAUCCUGAAUUUGCUUGCCCAUGGGAGAUUUUAGCAUGACUGAAUUGCUUAUGUGCUACAGUGAGAAUAUGGGAUUAUUACAUAGUUCUGUAAUUGUGCCAGACCUGUCAGUUUUCUGUGAUUGUGAAUGUUGUGCUCAGCUACAGUGCGAGAACAAGAGAAUGGAAACCUGAAUGCAGCUUUUGGCUGCAGAAUCUCUCAUUACAGCCAAUAAUUUAACUGUGGUACCCAUUGCCAAGCGCCUUAACUGGAAGUCUUUUUUUCAUUGCUUUGUUUUUGGAGGCAGUCCAAGUUGUCAGCAUUACAAACAUUGUCUUCUGGAUUUGCAGUGGGUGAAAUGCCAGAGUUAUCUGAAUUGUGUAAGGAAGGCAACAGCUCGCGUUAUUGUCUUGUCGGCAGGUCUACAAUAACGCACAUGUGGAAAAGGGGAAAAAAACCCAUCCGCUCUCAGCUUUCUGAAGAAGUUAAUAAGAGAAGGAAAUGUCAACCAUUGUAGCCUUAGGGCUGUCCUAGAUAUUACACAGCAGACAUGUGUACCAGUCUCCUGCUGGACUAAAAAAACAAAUAUUAAAGGCAGUCUUAGGAGGCUGCAAUAUUAAACACACAGCUGUGGCUGUUUCUCAUUCAAAAUAAGCCACUCCUGAGACUCAGCUGCUUAGGAGUGAUUAUUUGAAGCAGAAAAAUGGAUGUGGAGGAAAAGGUUAAGCUGUGCCUUCCUCUCCCCCUGCCCACCCCAUUUGCUGAUAUUCAAAAUUUUUCACAGAUAACUUUUCAAUAACUGGGGGAGGGGGACACCCUAUCCAAGACAGUUCUCCAUUUCUCCUUGUGCCAUCUAGUCUAGUCCUUAGCUAAAGCUCAAAUUUCAUGAAAGCUACAACGAGCAAGAGGCUACCACACCAUUCUGAUACUUGACUGGACCUGGCCAUUCUGUGGAAUGUCCUCCAUAUUAAUCACACAUACACACUUUGAAGAUGUCCUCCAUAUUAAUCACACAUACACACACUUCCAGGCAGAAAACUGGCACCUUGAAAAAGAACUUCAGACCCAAGCUUUAAGAUGCAGUUCUUUUCAGUUUGCAGGAGUUCUUGCCAUAGGGAAAAUUCUCUUACCUACAACCAAAGAUGCAUUCUGCUACCUUAUUAUUCUACAUGUGUAGUCCCAGACUCAGUCAUCCUGUUGAUGCCUGUUACUGGCACAUGACAACACAGAGACAGUACAGGAGUUGUCUCCAACAACCCUUAUCUUUGGCUUGAACUGAAAUGGAGAAACAUGGUGCCAAAAUGGAAAAUAGACUGAGCUGACAAUAGAAUGUGAAGAUGAUACAAUGGACUCAUAUUUUUGUUUCCAUAAUGGAAGAAUUUUGAUUGUUGGCCAUCUGUCUGACCAUUGUCAUGUUGGCUCAUGUUUCAUUUGUAUCAUGUAGCAAAAGAGUUAGGAUUGUGUAGGUCCAUUUUUCUAGCUCUUGAAUGCAUCUUUACUAGCUCUUUUGUUUUCUUCAAAGACCUGGAAAUCAAUGUGCGCGCACACACCCCGCUUCCAUUAUUUUGUGCUUUCUCAUUCCCUUUACAUUUCAAAAAAUGUACUAUUAAUAGCAUUUUAUAUUCAAUUUAGGUUUAGUUUGUAUAAGACUUGUCAGAGUAAUUUCUAGGAAUUCCUAGGAACAUGUUGCCAUGAAUAAUUUUAACAGCUUGGUGACGGGUAAUAUUUAAUUUCCCACAACUCUUUCUGUACCAUUGUGUGUUUGAAAAACCAUUUGAAGUAGCAGGCCACUAAAAGGGAGUAAGAUUUUGAAGAGGAUUUAAUGUCCCUGAGAAAUAUAGUAACAAUAAUGAUGUUUUAGAAACAGGGAUUGUUAGCAGCAAUACACAUUCAUGGAACAGAUGUGAGUAAAUAAUAGUCACCUGGCAAUAUUUAUCUCAAAUCUGUUCAAACUAAUAUUUCUUAAGCCAAGCAGAGAUGGUGUGGACAUUAGUUUGUCUGAGAGAUAUACUUUCAUGUACUGUAUAUUAUAGAAAUAGAAGUUUGGCCUGCUGAAGGUGCUCUGCACAGCAGGAUUGUCAGCUCAUGACCUAGCUGUCUUGCCUAUUGCUUUAACAGCUCUCAGUGGAAAAAAAUUGUGCAGCAGAGAUUUGUGGCCUCAUUCUCCAGUGGUCCAUUCUCUUGCACACCAUUGCUUCUUGAAGCACAGCUGGACUCUUGCUUGCUAUAGUACCUGAGGAUGUGACCCACUGCAGUGUGAACAUAUGUUUUGUUGCUCUUCUGUCAUGUUUUGCUUGGCCACCUACCUUGUUCCCUACUCCUCCGAACUUCUCCCAACCUUAAUGGCACUGAUGCUUCCACUCUUGACUAUAGAGAAUGCAUAAUAACCUCUCUCACAUAAAGUAACCUGGCUUAAUGUAUGGGAAAGUUUCACUUAAAGGAGCAUAACUGAUAAGGAUGUGUUCUGUCUGGAUGUAGCCUACUGCAUAUGAACAGCAGGGCAAGUAUAUGGCUUUCAUUCUCUGGUCUGACUGUGAUAAUACAUCAGUAGCCAUGUGACUUUGCAUUGUGCCUAACUCUGUAAACUUGGCAAAUAGAAUACUGCAUACACCCUAUACUAAUUGCAUUGAGUUAACUGCUUGAAUGUGUAAUCAUGUGCUUUGCUUAUGUGUUAAAAGGAGAUUCUUAAUAAGUUUCCACUCUGGAAGAGCAGGUUAAAGUUUUUGAAUCCCACUAAUGUGCCCACAGUUACCCUUGCAACUGUGAACACCAUAGAUUAUGUAUUCCAUUUAAAAACAAUCCUUCUGCAUUGAAUGCUUUGAGGGUUUUUUUGUCCAAAGCUUAGUUCAAAGUAAUUCUAUUCUGUCUGUUAAUUGUGUAAUGCUUGGCCUGACAACGUUGAUAUGAAUUGAUACCAGGUAGAUUCAUAGGCCAAAUAAUCAGACUGGAGUGUUACAACUGUUCUUUCUGGCCUUAAAAUGUGGAUCUGGGCUAUAUGUAUACUCUGGUGACAUCAUUAGUCACCUAGUUUUCUUGUACAGUAUUUCUUAAUCCAUUGGAAUGGU